AGCACCGCGUGCUGCUGGCGCAAGUACUAGGCCCAUGUGCUCGGUCGAAGAAUGUCAGGCCGUCUCCUGGACUUCGCGGAAUCGCCACGAGCUCCUUUCCGAAAGGAUAUAUCUCAGCUAGUCUGGUCAAUCGACGCGUCACUUCACUCUUCCCUUCUAACCCUGCAUCCCAGAGAUUCUCCCUUUCACAGUUCAGCUUGCCCAGAUAUUAUUGUGCACUACCUCCGAUGAGCUCUGCACCGCCAGGUUCCACUCCAAAGUCCGAUGCUUCUGCAAAUGAGCAUCGGCUGCCGGACGGCGUGAAGCCUACACAUUACGAUCUCACUAUUUGCACAGAUCUCGAGAAGCUCACCUUCGACGGAUCUGUAGCGAUCGAUCUCGAUAUCCAGAAGGAAACAUCGACCAUUGUCUUCCAUGCUUCCUCGCUGAACAUCAAGGAUGUAUCGAUCACGGCUGAUUCUCUCAAGACUGCGCAAGCUCCAAAGUCCUUAUCCUUGGAUGCGGCAGCGGAGCGUGCAACCGUCGUAUUCCCUACUACUCUUCCGAAGAGCUCCAAGGCACAGCUUAGGGUCACAUUUGACGCUCAAUUGACCGGAAACAUGAUGGGCUACUAUUACUCAACCGAGGAAACGGACGGAAAGAAACAGGUUUAUACACUUACUCAGUUUGAGCCAACCGCUGCUCGCAGGGCCUUCCCAUGCUGGGAUGAGCCGAACUUGAAAGCAACCUAUAGCGUUUCGUUGAUCUCGCGCGAAGGCACAGUUAGUCUAAGCAAUAUGUCCGCCAUAUCGGAAGAACCCUAUACAGCUUCUUCUGAGUCCGGAGGGAAAUGGAAGAUCACCAAAUUUGAUCGUACUCCACCGAUGUCUACCUACCUUGUGGCAUUCGCGAAUGGGAACUUCAGACACAUCGAAGGUCAAUACAAGAGUCCGAUAAGCGGGAAGACGAGACCCCUGCGUGUCUAUGCGACUGAGAAGUAUAUUCACCAAGCCGAGUUCGCGCUCGAUAUCAAGAGGAAGGUCCUUCCUCUUUACGAGAAAGUGUUCGACAUCGAAUAUCCCCUACCCAAGCUGGAUACGCUUAUCGCGAGCGACUUUGAUGCUGGAGCCAUGGAGAACUGGGGUCUGAUUACUGGACGGACAACUGCGUUCUGCUUGGAUCCGAAAAAAUCUGGCGUAACAGCACAAAAGAAUGUUGCAACUACUCAGAGUCAUGAGGUCGCUCACAUGUGGUUUGGAGAUAUAACGACCAUGUCUUGGUGGACUUAUUUAUACCUGAACGAAGGUUUUGCUACUCUGGUGGGCGAGGUCAUUAUCAUAGGUGAGAUUUUCCCGGAGUGGAAGGUCUACAGCGAAUUCAUCAACCAUCAUCUUGCUAGAGCGCUUGAUUUAGAUGCAAAGCUGUCUUCACAUCCCGUUGAAGUCGAUUGCCCCGAUGCUAACCAGAUCAAUCAGAUCUUUGAUGCAUUGUCGUAUUCAAAGGCUGGUUCGGUACUGCGAAUGCUUUCUGCGUUCGUUGGUGAAGAGACGUUCCUUAAAGGUGUUUCAAACUACCUGAAGAAGCAUCUAUACGGAAAUGCCUCCAGUAGAGAUCUUUGGACCGGUAUCGGCGAAGCUUCAGGGAAGAACAUUGAAGAGAUGAUGGACAACUGGGUCUCGAAAAUGGGAUUCCCUCUGUUAACAGUAACGGAGAAAGAUGGCUCGAUCCACGUACGCCAAGAUCGUUUCCUCGAAACUGGGCCUGCAGCAGAGAAGGACAAUCAAACUACCUGGCAAAUACCCCUGAAUGUUGCAGCUGUCGGGAAAGACGGUAAACUCAAGGUUGACCGCAUCCUCCUGAAAGAAAAGGAAAUCACGAUUCCUCUUGAUACCACCAAACCGUUCAAGCUUAACUAUGACACCUCCGGAGUUUAUCGUGUUCUCUACUCUCCAGAACGUCUUGACAAGAUUGGCGCAGAGGCUGCAAAGAAAGACUCGCUGUUCACUCUCAACGACCGUCUCGGACUGGUCAAUGACGUAUUCGCUCUUUCCAACGCCGGGUUUGGGAAAGUCAGCGCAGCGCUGACCCUCAUCGACAAUCUGCGACACGAAGAGGAAUUCCUUGUGUGGCAAGGAAUUCGUGACAGUGUCCAUGACAUUUCAUCGGUAUUCUGGGAGAACGAAGCGGUUCGAGAGUUGUUGAAGAAGUUCCGCGCGUCACUAUACACACCUUUAGUUGAUAAGCUAGGGUAUGACUAUUCGGAUUCGGACUCAGCGGAUACCAAGCAACUGCGCACUCUCGCUAUCUCCGGAGCUGCUGCAAGCGAAGAACAAAAGGUGGUCAAGGAAUUGACGAAGAGGUUUUCCGAGUUCCUCAAGUCGGGUGACGACUCUGGGAUUGCGUCCGACAUCGAGAGGGCUACAUAUGUCACAGCUGUGAGGAACGGUGGAAGGGCCGAAUAUGAUGCGGUCAAGGCCAUCUUCGAGAAACCGAAGACUCCUACGACAAAGACCGCUGCGGUUGCUGCGAUGUGCUCAUCAAGUGACCAGACGCUGAUCGAUGAAACGCUCAAGUUCAUGAUGAACGAAGCCAAGGAUCAGGACGUUUAUUUGUUCAUCGCUAACCUCGCCAACAACACUCACUCUAGACGCAAGAUGGCUACCUUCUUCAAGGAUAACUUUGACGAGAUUUACAAACGCUUUAAUGCCAACACGCAACUUCCCUACCUCGUCUCGUACUCGUUUAAAUACCUUUCGACUGCUAAGGACGCAGACGAAGUCGAAGCAUAUUUCAAGGACAAGGACGUUUCAAAGUUCAACCUUGCACUUCAUCAGACAUUGGACACUAUACGCGCUCAUGCAGCUUUGAUUGACCGCUCAACCGAUGACGUUAACCAAUGGCUUCAGAACUGGAGCAAGGGCGCGAAGCUCUAGCUUUACCUUCUACAGCAUCUAGUUAAAGUGAUCGAUCUAUUUGUCGCAUAGCAGACGAUGUAUUAUACAAUAGUAAACUCCCACAUUUCAAAGAACAUAUCUGAAUGCCUUAUUCUCAAAUUCUGUCUGAUCAAGCAUGCCUCUGGCUUCUGCGUUCCGCCUCUGGCUUGCUUCAUCUACGAGCUCUUCGCUUAAGUGAAGUUUGCGAUCGCGAAGACGGUUAAUUGAGAACAUGAAGAUGCCGAGUGCAGCGUGGCAGGCGACCUUUCCUGCGAAUCCGAUCAUCAUGGCCUUAGUAGCUGUAUCGAAACGAGGAGCCUCGUUUUGCUUAACGAAUUGAGGUCCAACGACAUUGCCGACACAAUAGGCAAUGAACGUCAGUGCAGAUGCCAUUUGUUUCUUUGUGUAGCCUGACAUGUUCACAGAGAUCAUGUUCACACCAAGAGCGAAACUGACAGAUUGAAGAUUAGUGAACCAGAAAGCUAUCAAACGCAUCCAAGUCCUAUCAUCCGGUAAAUAAGCCAGUAACGCAGCAGCAAUCAAACAGGCAACGUUGCCAGCGCUUGCGACCAAGAUCCGCGUGUUACUAAAGCGCGAGGCAAUAUAUCCACCGAUGAGAAGUCCGGUAACUUGGAAUGCGUUGCCGACGCAAUCCAUGAGUGUGGUUCGGAUGGUUGAGAAGCCGAGGUUCUUGAUCAACUCGGUCGAAAAGUUGGAGAUAACCCCAUUCGGAAUCCCAGCGGCGAAUACACUGAUCACGAUGCACCAAGUCUUGAAGUCCAGAAUCGCUGUCUUGACCUGAUAUAACUUGAACUUCCCUGACUUGAUUCCGACUUGAUUACUGGCAACUCGAGCAGUCGCAAGAAGACGCUCUUCAUGGUUUAGAAACCUAGCCUCGACUGGAGAGUCGGGUAGGAAGAAAUAGAUGACAAAUCCCCAAGCCGUCGUUAUUGAACCAAGCACGAUGAAGACGAGCUGCCAUUGUUUUACUGGUCCGUUGUCACCGUCCUUACUAAUCCCUGUACUCAUCAAAGAGCCGAUUAUUCCAGCCCAGCCCAAUGUUGAGUAGAUGAAGUUAUAGCGAAGGGCAGCCUCGCUUCUUGUCCACCAAUAGCCAACUGCAAGGGUUAUCCCAGGUGUAAUCGGUGCCUCGAAAACGCCCAGGAGGAAUCUGCAAGUCGCGGCCCCUGCGAACGACUUGCUCCAAGUAAAAGCAAGAACCGUAAUUCCCCAACAAAUUGUGCAUACACCCAACAAUUUCCCGGUCGAGAAACGUGAGAAUAGGUAAGACGCUGGAAAUUGUGCGACGAGAUAACCUAGGUAGAAGAGUGAAGCGAGCCAGGAGUACUUCGAACCAGAGAGGUUUAAAU